AUGUCGUUGCAAUUCUCACCUAAUGUUAACUAGGUAUUAGGGGCUUUUUAGAGAGUUGGAUUAAAUUAAGGACAAGCAUAUUAACCUGAUUAGAUAUAUUAAGCAUUAGAUCAAUUAACUAAUUAAGCGUAUGAUAGAGAUGUUGCCAAUUAAAUAUAUGAAUAAUGCACUCCAAAUCAAAGAGGCCAAGUUUAAAUCGAAGAGUUUUCACAGAUCUUGAUAUCAGCUGAUGCAAUGUUAAAGAAAAAGAUUCGAGAUACCGAAUAAUAAGUUUUGUAACUGGUUGAGGAAUCAAGAGACUGCCAACGACAAGUCAAAGAAAUAAAAUACACUUAAUAACAGAAUCAAUUCGGGAUAGAUACUGAUUCAUCACUCAAUUUAAUGAUCAAAUCUGCCUCAGGAAUAACGAAUUCGGAUUUUAUUCAGAGUUACGUAUCAAUAUCGGUUGAUAAUAACGAACAAGUUGCCUAAUAGACUGGAGGAGACAAGUUCCAUCCAAUAUUUAAUGAGCAAUUCGGAUUCCAAAUUAAAACUGGAAGGGAGAAUAUCACUUUGAGUUUAUUGAUCUAAGAUCGAAAUCAAAAGAAAUCCUUAGUCGGAUAAGCCAAGAUAGAUAUAUCCUAAUUGUAAGAUCAACAAGUUCAUUCUCUCCAACUCUAGUUGCAAAGUGAUAGGCAAUAAUACGCUACCCCAACCAUAUAAUUUGAUGUUCAAUGGAUUUAUAAUAAGCUGAAGUAUUACCAAGAAAUGAUCUCUAAACUUGAAGUUGAUAUUUAAUAACACUAGAACGAUAUUGAGGAUUAUAAAAGAGAUCUAUUUGUAGUUUAAUAGCCCUUCAUGGACAAUAAUUAGAGAUAGAAUCUCCAAUCCUCUUUGAAACCACAAAACUCUUCAAAGGUCCAAACCAAUUCGGCCUUGAUGUAUUAACAACAAUAAAACUAACCACAAAUAUACAAGCCAACACCUCCCCAAUAAUCUUAUCGAUAGAAUCAGGAUAAUAUUCAACCUCAAUAUUAGGGAGAAGCAACAGAUGAACUUAGUGAUGAAAUAUAUUACGGAUUCAUUUUGUAUCUCUUGAUGAUUGUGUUGUCCAUGUUCUAAUGCUUUGCAAGACCAGCCUAUGUGGAUAUUUUAUUAGGGACUAUGUACUUGUUGAUUAUUUGCAGAGAUUGUUUUAAUCCAGAGUACUUAAAAAUCUUGGGAGCCAUCACUGUUUUUACGGUAGUCCUAGAUAUUUUCUGGAUUGCAAUUUACAAAAAUUGGUGGAAUGGCACAGACAAAACUCUUCCAACUUGGGGAGAAGCAGGGGAUCCUAUUGUUAGAAUAACUAUAGUGUUUUGCAUAUUCAACAUGAUUCUAAAGACUGCCUUAUGUUAUAUAAUUUUCCAUUAUUAUAAAGAAGCCUAAUCAAAUUAGGUCUUAAAGUUCAAAGUAUGGUAGUUGGAAUUUCAGAUCGGAAUAUUAAAAUAAAAUCUCUUUACUUUAGACAAGAGACUCUUAUCUUGA